AUGAAGAAAUCCUUUUGCAACGUCUUCUUUCUCGUUGCAUUUUGUUUCGUUCUUAGCCACGCUAGGAAGAUAAAACCUGAAAAACCAUGCAAACAUUUGACAGUGUUUUACCACGACAUCAUCUUUAACGGAACAAACACCGCAAAUGCUACCUCUGCAGCCACGGCAAAUCCGACUCAACUAGGAAACACCAAUUUUGGGAUGCUCGUGGUUUUCGACGAUCCAAUUACAAAAGACCGGCUUCUUCUUUCUCCCCCGAUAGCGCGAGCUCAAGGGUUCUACUUUUACGACAUGAAAGAUACUUAUAAUGCAUGGUUUGCUUAUACCUUGAUAUUUAACUCAACUGAGCAUAAGGGUACUAUUAACAUCAUGGGGGCUGACAUGAUGAUGGAGGAGACUAGGGAUCUCUCGGUGGUUGGAGGAACAGGCGACUUCUUCAUGGCUAGAGGCGUUGCAACAUUUCGUACUGAUACUCAGCAAGGUACUGCUUAUUUUCGCCUCCAAAUGGACAUCAAGUUGUACGAAUGCUACUAG